CCGUGCCCUUUCCGGUGACCUAGAUAUAAAAGCUCGAAACGCCCUUCGAAGUCGAACUCCGCAGCUAGGGUUCUUCGGCGGGUUGUGAAGAGGAACGAGGAGGCUUCGGAUUCGAAACCCUAACCGUAGCCGCAAAAAUGGUGAACGUGCCGAAAACAAAGAAGACUUACUGCAAGAACAAGGAGUGUAGGAAGCACACUCUCCACAAGGUUACUCAGUAUAAGAAAGGUAAGGAUAGCCUGUCUGCUCAAGGGAAGCGGCGUUACGACCGGAAGCAGUCGGGUUAUGGUGGCCAGACAAAGCCCGUCUUCCACAAGAAGGCAAAAACAACCAAGAAGAUUGUGUUGAAACUGCAGUGUCAGAGUUGCAAGCACUACUCGCAGCACCCGAUUAAGAGAUGCAAGCAUUUUGAGAUUGGAGGAGACAAGAAAGGGAAGGGCACUUCUCUCUUCUAGUUGCUACUAUUGCAAGUUAAUUGCCAUAUCUACCUUUUGUUUCUGGCCACAAUGGAUUGUUAAAGAUUAGUUCUUUCGGAUGGAGUUUUGUUUUAGUUUUGAAAUUGUCAGAUGUUUUAUUUAAUUUAGUGAAUUUUGGGAUCAAUUAAUGUUGUUCAUGUCUCGGGUACUAUCUUUUUCUAGUGUUUCAAUCCAGAAUGAACUUGGUGCACACUUUUUUCUAUAGGAUGCGCUUGAGUGGUUUUUUAAGCAUUGAUCUUACUUUA